GGUGCAAAGCGUUUCUCCCAAACAACUUUUCAGGUCCCAUGUCUCGCCGCAUCUGGAUCCUCGAAUCCUUCCCCUCGCAAGAAAACCAAGACGGACAUAUGCGAGACAUGGGAGGCAGCAGUGAAAGCUAUGGAGGAUGCAGAUGGACUCAAGCGUGAUGGCAUGCCUGAGAUGAUUUCCGCGUACACUGGCGAGACAUUUUCUUCAGAAGAAGACGACGUAGAAGAACUACGUUCAACCAAAAAAGCCAAGGUUUUGCCUCGUGCUGAGACUCCUACAGAGCACGCUUGGUCUCCCCCGCCUCCGGACCCUAUGCUCCAAAUACCAGGCGAGCUUGUUCUAGCGCAGGCACUACGGACGAGAAGUAAUAAAUAUUGGCCCGCUCAGCUUAUAGCAUACAUUCCACCAACCAAGCCGAGCGGGAAGGAACGCUAUCGGGCCAAGUUUCUGGACGAACAAGAGUACAACCUCACCCGGGAUAAAUUCUGGACCUCUGAGGAAGAAGGCUUUGUUAUGUGUGACUUGGGCGAGUUUGAAAGCGCCGUCCAAGACACUGAGGCUCCGGACUCGGAAGAUGAACUGGAAGAUAGGAAGCAGAGCCCUAGUCCAAAGUUGACCGACCCGCCUCCUAGCGCAGAUGCUUUUGCUGAGUUGUCGAUGCAUGCGCAGCUGGCAUACGUGAAGCCCGUACUGAUCGCCAUACUACAAGGGAAAUACACCCCGGCAUUCAAGAGCCAUGAGGCUUUUAUGCGGGGAGGUGCGGCUAGAUCCAGUUUAAUGAAGCGGGCGGCAGUAAGAGGAGGUCUGGACCCAAAUGAGGUAAAGCAGUCGCAAAAACUGAUUGCACGGUGGGCACUUGGAGAAGAGUACGCCCGCGGGGCCAAACCUGAAGCAGCGGUGGGGCUACACCCGAAGCAAGAUAGCACACUCUGUCCAACUACUUUGGAAACCAAUGGCGAUGGGGUGGCAGACGCUGGUGUCGGAAGCGAGAUAGCUGUAAAUUCCAACAGCGCGGCCUACGACAUUUAUCAGCCUCUACCUCCCAGUGAUAUUCGCAAUCAGGUCUACGACACUGAGGUAAUGGCAGUUGCCAGGUCUGAUACUGUAAAAGCAGAUGAGACAUCUGCAACCUCCGACGCCUCACCUGACAAUAUACCCGCAAUUUCCGAUAGCGUGAGUCACGACGUACUCUCUCAGCCCAUACCUCCCAGCGGCACUGGCAAUAAGCUUGAUGACGAUGCCAUAACAGCCGACAAGCCUAGCGAGGUCGGCUCUUUAUAUUAUACAUUUGCUUUUUUUCUGCCAGUUGGCUCCCAGGAGUAUGAAUCAUUAUCGACCCUCGAUAAACUUGAUUACUGCGUGAACAUUUUGCUCCCCGAGGCAAUCCAGCAGCUACUCCUGUGGCGGUCGGGUGAACGCACUACAGCUGCUCUUCUCUCUCACUCAGAGGAAGAAAGGCUGCAUGAGCGCGGUUCAGCAAAGGCGCAAGAAACAGACUGGGUAUUUGACUUGCUCCGCCUGAGGGAGGCACAAGCGCGAUUGUGGGGCGUAGAUCUGAAGGGAAAAGACAAAACGAAGAAUAAAGUAGGCGAAGCAAGGGGUGGGACACGUUCGCGCCCUCGCAAGACUACUGUGCCACGAUGA